UCCCGGCUGCUCGGGACCGCUGAGCCCGGAGAGGGGGCGGCGCGGAGGGCUGUGCGCUGCGGGUCCGCCAGCGCAGGGCCGGAGCCGGGGCCGCCGGGAGCUACCGGGAGCUACCGGGCGAGCUGCCGCGGUCGCGGCUGGGUCUCGCAGGAGAGCCGGCGAGGAGCACAGGUGCCUGUCGGACACCAUGCCACAGCCCUGCAGACCGGACAUUGGCAGGAAGUAGAAGACGUCCUCGUCUCCUCCACCCCCACCCUCACCAUGUCGUCAGCUCAGGGCAGUGGGGAACACUGGAAGUCCCUGGAGUCGGUGGGCAUCAGCCGCAAAGAGCUGGCCAUGGCCGAAGCCCUGCAGAUGGAGUAUGAUGCUCUGUCCCGGCUCCGGCAUGACAAGGAGGAAAACAGAACCAAACAGAACCCAGACCCCUCUCUCAUCAGCUGGGACGAGCCGGUCCUGGACUUCUACAGCAAGCCAGCGGGAAGGCAGAAGGACCUCAAGCUCUUACGCGGCCUUUCUGGCUCUGAUCCUACCCUCAAUUACAACUCACUCUCCCCACAGGAAGGGCUGCCUAACCACUCUACCUCCCAGGGCUUCCAGCCUGGCCCAGAUCCCUGGCCCAAAGGCUCCCUGCCUGGAGACUAUCUCUACAUUUUUGAUGGUUCAGGUGGGGGGCUCUCUUUGUCCCCAAGACUGGGGGACAUAGAUGGUUCUUCUAAGAAACUGUCCCCUCCUCCUCUGCCUCCUAGAGUCUCUAUCUGGGACACCCCUCCCCUGCCUCCCAGAAAGGGGUCCCCGUCUUCCUGCAAGAUCUCCCAGCCCAAUGACAUCAACACUUUUUCUUUGGCUGAGCAGCCCUCGGGCAAAUUGCUAGGACAUCAAAUCCUAGAAGAAGAGGACCCAAGAGGUGGGGGUAUGGGUCACUUAUGGGGGUCUGUGGACUACGAUGGCAUCAAUGAUGCGAUUACACGGCUCAACUUGAAGUCAACCUAUGAUGCAGAGAUCUUGCGGGAUGCCGCGAGGGGCUGGAAGGAGGGCCAGGGGCCCCUGGACUUCAGCAAGGACACUCCUGGAAAACCCGUGGCCCGGAGCAAGACCAUGCCCCCGCAGGUGCCCCCCCGCACUUAUGUCUCUCGUUAUGCCAACCGAAAAAAUGUGACAUCUGGCAAGAACCACCGGAUUUCUGCUGCUUCGGUGGUCUCUCAGCCCCACACUGUCACCAAUGGCCAUGAACUGUUUGAGGUCUCGGAGGAGAGAGAUGAGGAAGUUGCUGCAUUUUGCCACAUGCUGGAUAUCCUUCGAUCUGGCUCCAAUAUCCAAGACUACUUCCUCACUGGAUAUGUCUGGAGUGCUGUCACCCCAAGCCCAGAGCACCUUGGGGAGGAGGUCAACCUGAAGGUGACAGUGUUGUGUGACAGCCUGCGGGAGCCACUCACUUUUACUUGCAACUGUUCCUCCACUGUGGACUUGCUCAUCUACCAGACCCUGUGCUACACUCAUGAUGAACUGAGGGAUGUGGAUGUGAGUGACUUUGUGCUGAAGCCCUGUGGGCUGGAGGAGUUCCUGCAGAACAAGCACGCCCUGGGCAGCCAUGAGUACAUUCAAUAUUGCCGCAAGUUUGACAUUGACAUUCGGCUACAACUGAUGGAGCAGAAGUCUGUACGCAGCGACCUGGCCCGGACGGUGAAUGAUGACCAGAGCCCCUCCACUUUGAACUACCUCAUCCAUCUGCAGGAGAGGCCAGUCAAACAGACCAUCAGCAGGCAGGCCCUGAGUCUUCUGUUUGACACUUACCACAAUGAGGUGGAUGCCUUCCUGCUGGCUGAUGGGGACUUCCCGCUGAAGGCCGACAGGGUGGUCCAGUCCGUUAAGGCCAUCUGCAAUGCCUUGGCCGCCGUGGAAACCCCCGAGAUCACCAAUGCUCUCAACCAGCUGCCCCCCUGCCCCUCCCGCGUGCAGCCUAAAAUUCAGAAGGACCCCAGCGUCUUGGCUGUGAGGGAAAACCGAGAGAAAGUCGUGGAAGCCCUGACAGCUGCCAUUUUGGACCUGGUGGAGCUGUACUGCAGCACGUUCAAUGCAGACUUUCAGACAGCAGUUCACGGGAGCCACAAGCAUGACCUGGUCCAGGAGGCCUGCCAUUUUCCCAGGCCCCUGGCCUUCACUGUCUAUGCCACCCACCGCAUCCCUAUCACCUGGGCUGCCAGCUAUGAAGACUUCUACCUCUCCUGCUCCCUCAGCCACGGUGGUAAGGAGCUGUGCAGCCCCCUGCAGACCCGCAGAGCCCACUUCUCCAAGUACCUCUUUCACCUCAUCAUCUGGGACCAGCGGAUCUGCUUUCCAGUGCAGGUGAACCGGCUGCCUCGGGAGACACUGCUGUGUGCCACUCUCUAUGCUCUGCCCAUCCCCCCACCCGGGAGCUCCUCAGAGGCCAUUAAGCAGCGGCGGGCCCCUGAGGCCCUGGGCUGGGUCACUACCCCGCUCUUCAACUUCAGGCACAUCCUGACCUGUGGCCGGAAGCUUCUGGGCUUAUGGCCAGCAACACAGGAAAACUCCAGUGCCCGCUGGAGUACACCUAAUUUCCACCAGCCGGACAGCGUAAUCCUGCAGAUUGACUUCCCCACCUCGGCCUUCGAUAUCAAGUUCACCAGCCCCUCUGGAGACAAGUUCAGCCCCUGCUAUGAGUUUGACAGCCUCCGGGAGGAAGACCAACGCGUGCUUAAAAACAUCAUGCAGAAGGAGUCCCUGUACUGGCUCACUGAUGCUGACAAGAAGCGUCUGUGGGAGAAGCGAUAUUAUUGCCACUCGGAAGUGAGCUCACUUCCUCUGGUGCUCGCCAGCGCCCCCAGCUGGGAGUGGGCUUGCCUGCCCGACAUCUAUGUUCUUCUGAAGCAGUGGACCCACAUGAACCACCAGGAUGCCCUGGGACUCCUACAUGCCACCUUCCCAGACCAGGAGGUACGGCGUAUGGCUGUCCAGUGGAUUGGCUCCUUGUCGGAUGCUGAGCUUCUUGACUACCUGCCCCAGCUCGUGCAGGCCCUAAAGUAUGAGUGCUACCUGGAUAGCCCCUUGGUGCGCUUCCUCCUGAAACGGGCAAUUUCUGACUUGAGAGUGACUCAUUACUUCUUCUGGUUGCUGAAGGACGGCCUCAAGGACUCCCAGUUCAGCAUCCGCUACCAGUACCUGCUGGCGGCCUUGUUGUGCUGCUGUGGCAAGGGGCUGAGAGAGGAGUUUAACCGCCAGUGCUGGCUUGUCAACACCCUGGCAAAGCUGGCCCAGCAGGUCCGGGAGGCCACCCCAUCUGCACGGCAGGGGAUCCUCCGCAAAGGCUUGGAGGAGGUAAAACAGUUCUUUGCCCUCAAUGGCUCCUGCCGCCUGCCACUCAGCCCCAGUCUUCUGGUUAAGGGCAUUGUGCCCAGGGACUGUUCCUACUUCAAUUCCAAUGCAGUCCCGCUCAAGCUCUCCUUCCAGAAUGUGGAUCCGCUGGGUGAGAACAUCAGAGUCAUCUUCAAGUGCGGGGAUGACCUUCGCCAGGACAUGCUCACCCUGCAGAUGAUUCGCAUUAUGAGCAAGAUCUGGGUCCAGGAGGGGCUGGACAUGCGCAUGGUGAUUUUCCGCUGCUUCUCCACCGGCAGGGGGAGAGGGAUGGUGGAGAUGAUUCCCAAUGCCGAGACGCUGCGCAAGAUCCAGGUGGAGCACGGGGUGACCGGCUCCUUCAAGGACCGGCCCCUGGCCGAUUGGCUGCAGAAGCACAACCCCGGAGAGGAUGAGUAUGAGAAGGCCGUGGAGAACUUCAUCUAUUCCUGCGCCGGCUGCUGUGUGGCCACAUACGUCUUGGGCAUCUGUGACCGACACAAUGACAACAUCAUGCUGAAGACGACUGGUCACAUGUUUCACAUAGAUUUUGGCCGCUUUCUGGGUCAUGCCCAGAUGUUUGGCAACAUCAAGCGGGACCGUGCCCCGUUUGUCUUCACCUCGGACAUGGCAUAUGUCAUCAACGGGGGUGACAAGCCUUCCAGCCGCUUCCAUGAUUUUGUGGACCUUUGCUGCCAAGCCUACAACCUCAUUCGCAAGCACACCCACCUCUUCCUCAACCUUCUGGGCCUGAUGUUGUCCUGUGGGAUCCCUGAGCUCUCAGACCUGGAGGACCUCAAGUAUGUGUAUGAUGCCCUGAGACCUCAGGACACAGAUGCCAACGCCACUACCUACUUUACUAGGUUGAUUGAGUCCAGCCUGGGCAGUGUAGCCACAAAGCUCAAUUUCUUCAUCCAUAACCUGGCUCAGAUGAAGUUCACGGGCUCAGACGACCGGCUGACCCUUUCCUUUGCCCCCCGCACACAUACUCUUCAGCGCUCCGGCCGCCUCAGUGAUGUCUUUCUCUGCCGCCAGGAGAAGGUCUUCCACCCCAACAAAGCCUACAUUUAUGUAGUGAAGGUGAUGCGAGAGAAUGCUCAUGAGGCCACUUAUAUCCAGCGGACAUUUGAGGAGUUCCAGGAGUUACACAAUAAGCUGCGGCUGCUCUUCCCUGCUUCUCUGUUGCCCAGCUUCCCCAGUCGCUUCACGAUUGGCCGCCCGCGGGGAGAGGCGGGAGCUGAGCGGCGGCGCGAGGAGUUAAACACCUACAUCUGGCACCUGAUCCACGCUGCCCCGGAGGUGGCCGAGUGUGAUUUGGUGUAUACCUUCUUCCACCCCUUGCCCCGGGAUGAGAAGGCUGCGGGUACCAGCCCAGCUCCCAAGUCCUCAGAUGGCUCUUGGGCCCGUCCUGUUGGGAAGGUGGGAGGGGAGGUGAAGCUGUCUAUCUCCUAUAAAAACAAUAAACUCUUCAUCAUGGUGAUGCAUAUUCGGGGCUUGCAACUUCUCCAGGAUGGGAAUGACCCUGACCCCUAUGUGAAGAUUUACCUCCUUCCUGACCCUCAGAAAACCACUAAGAAGAAAACCAAAGUGGCCCGGAAAACCUGCAACCCCACCUACAAUGAAAUGCUGGUGUAUGAUGGGAUCCCCAAGGGAGACCUGCAGCAGCGGGAGCUACAGCUGAGUGUGCUGAGCGAGCAAGGAUUCUGGGAGAACGUUCUCCUCGGAGAGGUGCACAUCCGCCUGCGAGACCUGGACCUGGCCCAGGAGAAGACUGGCUGGUUUGCACUAGGAUCUCGAAGUCAUGAGACCUCAUGAGCCCAGCAGAGCCCCCGCCCAGGGCCCCCGGCUGGGGGUGGAGCUAGGGGAAAGGACUGUCCCUGUUUGACUUGUCUUCCUUGUGAAGAGGCAGGGCCCUUGGCAGGCCUCCCUGCUGUCCAGGUGGAUGGGGCCUCUGUGAUGGGAGGCAGGGAGAGCAAGAGGCUCUCUGCCAUCCCCUCCUCUGCAGACAGAAUUCGAGUUGGUUGUAAUGAGCAGCCCCUGGGAGGCUGUGAGGUUGCAGCAAAGUUUUAAGUUUACCUUGUGUCAAGGGAGCAAUGCCUGGUUUGGGGUGUGUGGGGUGGGCUGUA